AUGUUACCUCCCAUCAAGAGCGACAGGAUCAUAACGCACCUGCCUAAGUGUUUCAGUGCGAAGGCGGCACUGCAGACCAAAGAAGUUUUCCAUCCUCAGGUACAAGCGGCGUGCCAGACGCACGAUAAAGAUGGUAUGAGCUUCAACGUUGCCAAAGUCAUAGUGGUGGGCGAUGUGUCUGUUGGGAAAACAUGCCUGGUCAGCAGGUUCUGCAGGGGCGCCUUCGAUAAGAACUACAAGGCCACCAUCGGCGUAGACUUUGACACAGAACGCUUCCAGGUGCUUGGCGUACCCUUCAGUAUGCAGCUGUGGGACACGGCAGGCCAGGAACGCUUCAAGUGCAUCGCCUCAACAUACUAUCGAGGAGCUCAAGCCAUCAUCGUUGUCUUUGACUUGAGCAGAGGAAGUUCCCUAGCGCACGCCAGGCAGUGGCUGGAAGACGCCAUGAAAGAAAACGACCCUUCCAGUGUUCUUCUCUUCCUUGUGGGCACAAAGAAGGAUCUCAGCACUCCCGAGCAGCUGACUUAUGUCGAACAAGAAGCAGUCAGAAUGUCGGAUGAAAUCAGGGCCGAGUUCUGGGCCGUGUCAGCCAAGUCAGGAGACGGCGUGAGAGAUUUUUUCCUCCGCGUGGCCGCUUUGACGUUUGAAGCAAACGUUCUGUCAGAGCUGGAGAAAAGUGGACCGAGGAACGCCGCCGGUGUCAUCAAGAUCACCAGCGGCUCGGAGGAUGAACGAAAGCGGGCCAAGAGGAAGCCCGACUGUUGCUGA